AUGGCCAUAGCAAUGUGGUACGCAAUCCAAACACUCCUCAACAUGAACCGCUUCCUCGGACUCGCUGUCCUGGCCCUGCUGCCUUCCGCUCUAGCCACUGACGGCUCGUGCAACGCCGACAACUGCGCCAGAGCAGUUACCGGCACCCGUCGCGGCGAUGCCUUCGUCACGUCCGCCCAGGCCGACUGCAGCGCUUUCCAACAGAAGACCAUCACCGCCCCUGCUGUCACCAUCACCUCUACCGUUGCCCCUCCGUGGUACGCCUCCGCCUGCUCGGGCACUGUCCGCUACGCUAGCGCAUGCUCGUGCUGGGGUAUCCAGGGCGAGCCUGCGAUCACAGUCACGCCUACCACGACCAUUACGACCACUCUUGAUGCCCUCCCUACUCAACGUGCAACAAUUCCUAGAAAUAUAUUUUUCCAUUUGAGCUUAUGA